AAACUAAAGAAGCCAUACAUAGAACACAUAUGAUUGUUGGCAAAUUCUUUUAUGAUACUUGUAUUCCAAUCAAUGCUGUGAACUCCAUUUAUUUUCAGCCCAUGUUUGAUGCCGCAAUUGCCAUUGGUCCAGGAUAUAAGGUCCCUACUUACCAUCAACUUCGAGUUCCUUUAUUGAGAGACUCAAAAAAAGAGCUUCAAUUGUAUAUUGACACUUUGAAGAGUUCAUGGGCUACGUGUGGAUGUACUAUUAUGGGUGAUGGUUGGACUGAUGGUAGACAAAGAAAUCUAAUAAAUUUUCUUGUGUAUAGCCCUAUGGGUAUUGCUUUUGUGAAAUCAAUUGAUGCCUCUGAUGCUGUCAAAGAUGCUACUAUUCUUUCUAAAUUGUUUCUAGAGGUUAUUGAGUGGGUGGGAGUGUCGAAUGUUGUUCAUAUGGUGACAGAUAAUGGAGCAAAUUAUAAAGCUGCUGGAGGACUUGUAAAUGCAACUUACAAAUCUAUAAAUUGGUCUCCAUGUGCAGCUCAUUGCUUGAACUUAAUCUUAAGUGAAAUUUCCAAGAUGAAUCAUGUGCAUGAGCUUGCUAUUAAGGCAUCAACGGUGACAAGGUACAUAUAUAACCGUUCAUGGUUGUUAGCUCGGUUGAGAAAGAAGAAUAAUUGGACUGAAAUUUUGCUUCCAAGAGCAACGCGCUUUGCCACUACUUUCCUUGCAUUGCAUAGUAUUCAUGAGCAUAUGCAUGAUUUGCAAGCUUUGGUGACAAGUAAGGAGUUUACAAGUUCAAGGUUUGCCAAAGAGAAGAAAGGAAAGGAUGCCAUUGAUAUCAUUUUAGAUAAACUAUUUUGGAAGGAUUGCUUCAUCACUGUUAAGAUUGUUGAGCCACUUAUGCGUCUUUUGCGUAUUGUUGAUGGAGAUGAGAAACCGUCCAUGGGAUAUGUUUAUGAAGGCAUGUAUAGGGCAAUCAAAGGUACUAAAGAUAUUUUCAAGAGAAAUAAGAGGUUGUAUAGGCCUUACACAACAAUCAUUAAAACUCGUUGGGAUAAUCAAUUGCGGAAGAAUAUACAUGCGGCAGCUUAUUGGUUGAACCCAGCUUUUCAAUAUGAUCAAGCUUCAUUUUGUAAAAAGCCAGAGGUUAUGAAUAGUGUACUUGAUGUGAUUGAAACUAAAGCCACAUCAAGUAAAACGAAACUCAUGAAUGAACUUAGAUUGUUUCGAGAUCGACAAGAUAGUUUUGGAAGAGAGCUUGCCAUUACUACAUCUAAGAAAACACAACCUGAUGAAUGGUGGAAGAUGUUUGGACAUAGUGCUCCAAAUUUGCAAAAGUUGGCCAUUCGAAUUCUUAGUCAAACUAGCAGCUCUUCUGGGUGUGAAAGGAAUUGGAGUGUCUUUGAACGCAUACAUACAAAGAAGAGGAAUAGACUAGAACAUCAUAGGCUUAAUGAUCUUGUGUAUGUUCAUUACAACUUGCGAUUGAAGAAUAGGAGGUAUUACAAAACAAGGAAUUAUGAUCCCAUUGACAUUGAAAGCAUUGACAAAACCGAGUUUUGGAUUAUUGAAGAAGAAAGACUAGAACAAGAGGAGCUUCCAUUGAUUGAUUAUGAUGAGCUCGAAAAAAUGCUUUAUGAAGAAGAUGAGCCUCCAUGAUAUAAGAAGCAAUGUCA